ACCUUUCCUGUUUCCCCAAAUUGAAGAAUUCAUUCGUCUGUGAUUUGUUCAUCCAUGGAGGUUCCAGGUUCGUCGAAGAAGAUGAUCGCCACGCAGCAGGAGAUGAUGGAUGCCAAGGUGCCCCUCGCGUACAGAGACCAGUGCGCUCACUUGCUCAUUCCUCUCAACAAGUGCCGCCACGCGGAGUUCUUCCUGCCCUGGAAGUGCGAGUCGGAGCGCCACACUUAUGAGAAGUGUGAGUACGAGCUCGUCAUGGAGCGGAUGCUUCAGAUGCAGAAGAUCCGUGAGCAGGAAGCCAAGAUGAAGUCGCCGUCCUCGCAACCCAUCCCGCUCAUCCCUAAAACUGCCAAUACUUGAUUCAGGAUUGUGGCGGCGAUGAGUAAUUGCUGAAGGAACCUUGGUUAUGUUUGAAGUGUGAGAAGGAGGAGAAAGUGUAAUCCCAGCUUCUAUUUGUACAAUGACAAUGGCGAAAUAGGUAACUUUUGAUUUUCCCUGCCUUUGAUGGUAAACCGGUUUUACAAUAAAUUUCAUCCUGUAUGAUGCUGGAUUUGACACCUCUCUCCACAUUUACUGAAAUUUUCAAUUCUGCAAAAAUACGAUGGAUGUUAUUUAUGCUGACUUAUUGACUUACCAAUCGUAUGAUCUUUGGUAAUA